AUGGGACUGAGAAUGCAAUCAGUGUUCAGACCUGGUCCGAGUAUGGGCAAAUCACGGUUCGGGGAUAGCCUUGUCACUACUGAAGAGUCAGUUUUGCCAGAGAAGGCAAUUAUCAGAGUCAGGCAAGCACAUUGGGAUGAAUUAUCAAGAAUUUGGGCCACCUGGGAUGAUAAUGAGAAGACAAUGUUCAGGGAAAUAUACGGAGACAUCGCAGAGAUGCUGAGAGUACCAAUAGAUUCAGUGUUGGUUCGGGCCCUGGUCGAAUGUUGGAAUCCAGCUUACAGGUGUUUCACUUUCGGUAAAGUGGACAUGACCCCUACCUUGGAGGAAUAUACGGCUUUGCUGAACAUCCCGAAUGUUAGAAAGUAUUCCAUUUACACUAAGGCAAUCCGACCUAAGGGGUUCAUUACCAAGAUGGUCACGCUGACGGGAAAGACCAAGGAAUGGGUCGAAGAGUACAUUCGUGAUGAAAGGAUCUCCUGGGCUCAGCUGAAGAGUUUGAUUUAUGAGCAGACUCCAUCAAAAAGAAGAAGAGAUCACUUCGCGCUUGUAGUAAAAUGGCCUGCUAUUUCCAGAAAGAAUCCCGCACCAGCCAUCAUUGCGGAAACAUUCCUAUCACUGAAUCAAUGUAGACGAUUGGGAGGAGGUCAGUUCAUUGGAUGUACUUCACUAUUACUAGUUUGGUGGUGGAGCCACUCCUGGAUAGUUGAGAAGGGCUGGGCUCGGAGACAUCAAUCAAAUUUUUCACCUCUGGUGGAUUUCCUCGACAAAUGUCAAAUCCCGGAGCAUCGCAAGAGAAAAGAUUGGGUUGAAGCUCUUCGUAACGUGAAGGAUACUGAGAUUGUGUGGAAGGCUUACUGGUUACCCAAAGAGGAUGUACUUUUCAGAUGUGGUAACGAUAGCUUUGUGAUGCUGCAUGGAUUAUGGGGAGCAAUCGGGUAUACUCUGCUGAUUGUACUCAGACAGUUCAGUACCCGACAGUUCGUACCAGCUACCCACGGCUUAAAGGAGGCAGAAUUUUCUUUCUCUACUCCAGGUUAUCGAGAGCGGAUUUCAAAAAUCUAUACAGCGUGGCAAAAACCCCACUACAUGAACUUCAAAAUGAUAGAGCCUGGAUUCACACCAACCUAUGAGGUUUGGAGGUCGCAAAGAAUUAAUAACAAUACACCGAAGCCAAAUUUAGAAGACGAGUUGACUAUGGAGGAGCGAUUGAGGAGGCUCCCGACAGAGGCUGAAUUGUUAAAAGAUGAUAUACGACUAAUGAAUCUGGAUAGAGAAAAAGAACAGAGAAACUUCUCAGAUGAGAAGACAAUGUGGGAGCUCGAGCUGAUUAAGAAGGAUGGAGUGAUAAAACAAUUUGCAAAAGAUAAAGAGAAGGUUCAGAAGAGUCUUGAUGCGCUAAAUCAAGAUUUUCGGGCCUUAGAGAAGAAUAUGAGAGCCUAG